UCUUAAAUAUCCCUUUCAGUAAGCACCGCUUUUAUUCAGACUGGAGUUUUAUAUUUUUAAAAAUUAAACCAAGUUUUAGCCAAAUCUUUAGACAGUGUAUAAAAGUAGCAACUCGAUUUUAGCAAUAUGUCGCAAUCGUACGUUUUCGAUGUGAUUCUGGUGAACUCCAGUUUACCAGUUCCCCGCAAGUCGGCAAGUUUUAGUGUAGGCUCAAGGCCCAUCUAUUCGGUGCGGUUGUUCGAGGACUUUGAGGAGUUGUCCAUGGAGCGCAUGAUGGUGGACCAGUUUCCGGCGGAUGCUCUAGGUGGCUUUACGGCCAGUCCGUGUGAGCUGAUUGGCUCACUGACCUCCAGGGGCGUGGGCGUAACCCUGAAGGAUAACGAUGAGCUCGUAGGAUCGGGCAGUGCCAUGCUGGACUCGCCCAUCCUGCGCCAGCUGACGGAUCCCACCUUUUCGGUAACCGAGAAGCUGCUGGUGGAGCUGACCAAGGGCAAGAGCAGGGUGGGCGAGGUGGAGCUGCUCUUGAAGAUUAGCGCUGCUGCAGAUAUUAAUCACGGCCUAAUUCCCUUUGGCUGCUAUGAUGUUUGCAAGCCUGUGGAUAAUUCGAUAAACAAGCGGGACAUCAUCUUCACCCUGGGAAGGUCUGGCAAGUGUCCCACCAAUAGUUGCAUCACCGAUGAGCGUCUGAUGUCGCAUGCCGGGGCACCCUUCCAGUGUCCCCAUGCGGCAGGUGGGGAUCAGGAGGAGGGAAAGGACCACAGGGGAGGUGCCACCAUGGGUUGUGGCUGCUUCCUGAGGGGAAUGCAGCAGCAGCAUCUUAACCAGGAUGAGAAAACGGAGAAAAAGCGGGAAAGGACUGCUCUGAAAAAGCUUAUCGACGAACUGGGUUUGGAUCAAGUCAAAGUCCCGAAGCCACCAAAGUCACAUGACAAGUCCCGUCGCUGGCAUUGCAAGUGCAGGUCAAACCAGGUCGCCACGGACACCUCCUCCUCCUCCACCUCCUCCUCCACUUCCUCCUGCGAUGUCAAUGAGUUCGAGGGGGAAAGGCCUCCUAGGAAGAGAAAGGCCCUAUCCUUGACUGCCUCCCGGGAGCAGGCAGCUCGUCGAAGAUUGAUGGGCCUGUGCCCCCUAAAAGAGCCCGAUCUCAAGCAGCAGUCCUACAAGCCGCCUAAUCUCUGCCAGCUCUGCCGCUCGGACAUCAGCUGGCUGCCCAAGAUCUCCGCCUGUCCCUACUGUGGCUACAAAACCUUCGAGGAUUUGCAGCCCAGCGAGGAGCCCUACGAUCUUACGGCCACAGCUCAGCAACUCCUGAGGGAUUCCCUGCGCCGCGAGCCCUGCGAACUGGGCUCCUCCAAAUCCUCGCCGGAUGAUGAGGCCAUGGGCGAUAGGCUGAGGAGGUCCCAAGAUGAUCCCAAUGUGGCCAAGGAAUGCGGCUGCCUGGGUGGGAAGCCCUGCACUCGAUGUCGCAUUCGCAAACUCUGCGAAAACUUCUUCAAGGAAACCGAAUGCCAGAUAAAGCCCGUUACCCUGCCGCAGGCUCAACCGGAAGCGACUACCAAAUCCUUGCCGGAAAUCAGGAACCCUGUCGAAAAGACCAACUCGGACACCUCGCAGCGGCGCACUCAACUGAUCUCCAUCUUCACGGAGAUGCGGAAUAUGUAUGGCCAGAAGAAGGGCGCCGUCGAGGCGGAUGCGGUGGCCCAGGAGCUCAGGAGGGAGUGCGACGCCGCCUGCCGGAAGAGCAAGUCGGCCAAGGCCCGACGGAAGGCCAGGAGAUCGCUGAAGAAGGCCCUGGACGAGAUCGACCGCGCCUAUCCCAAGCCACCGAAAAUCAGGGUCAAGAGGAAGCCCAUCGACCGCAAGAAAUCCCGAUGCUACACCUUCCUGAAGUCGCGGAAGGAGCCCAAGGACUCGCGCAUCGGCCACGUGGACUGCAUCUCGGACAGCAGGCACACGGGCUACUGCAAGAUUCCCUGCCACAUGGGCUGGAUGUGGACCAAGAGCGAGAUGGCUCGCCACAAGUCCUGGCGACCCGGCGCCAUUUCGCGGCCCAUCCGCCAGCUGAUGGCCUACUUCCUGAAGGACUUUCCGGCCGACAAUGUCUGCCUGUCGCGCUACCACCACCGUCGCAGGAAAUGCCCCAGGAAUCGGGACGACGACGACGACGAGGAGGAGGAGCCACUGGUGCAGCAUCCCACGCUGCACAUAGUUCGCCAGGGGGAUGAGUACAUCAUCACACUGCGUCCGCUGAAGGAUCCCCGCUCGCUGGCCUCCAGCGCCAAUCCCUAUGCCCCGAUGAAGCCCGUGGUCUUCCGCAUCACCAAGGAUCCCCUGGCCGCGGGACUGCGUCAGAUGAGGGUGGCCCUGCAGGACAAGGGAUUCGCCCCCUGCACCUGCCAUCGCCCGGUGGCCAGCUGCUUCUGCCGCAGUCACAACGACAAGAAGCGGAUGCAGUACGAGGUGGCCAACGAGUGUCGUCAACGUGGCUGGCCGGACAACUCGGACACCUUCGUCUACUCCCCAAAUAGCGACGAUGACGAUGACAGCGAUCGGGAGUACGAGUUCGGGGUCACGCCCCCGGCGGGCGUUAUCAAGCCCGAUCGCAGGCGGCAGCCGGACAGGGCGCAUGUGGAGACCCAGUAUGUGGAGCACGACUGGGCCGCACCCACCAUGUACCCGCAUCCGGCCAACAUGGCCGUCCAGUACGGCGGAUGUGUGAUGGGCGAGCGCAAGAAGAAGUUCCCCUGGCUGUACGGCAAGGGCAAUAUCCACGCCGAUCCGCCGAAGCCCCGCAUGCGGAAUCCCCCGAAGAAGAAGCCGCGCAAACAGCUUCCGUUCCGAAACGCCGGCGGCUUCGAUGACCCCCGCCGCUUCGACCCCACCCUCAACCGACCUUGGCACAGGUCCAACUCCCCAUAUUAACUCAAGUCUGAAAAUAAUAAUUAUGAUUUUAGCUCUGCAAAUAAAGGCAGUAGUUUAAUUAAAGGUUUCAAAUAAAUGUAUAAAUGUAA